UGAACCGGAUUUCUCGAAGUAUCUUAACUUGGUUUAAGAAAAAUAGUCUACAAUGUCCUAAAAGUCUAAAUUUGACACUUUGGAAUGGCUGUUUGUUUUGGUUUUGGUUUUUUAUUUUGACUCGUUUCUGUUAGUAAAGAGGGGUUUCCGUGAGAUUUCUGAAAUACAAUUAGAUGGCAAUAAAGGAUUGGUAGCUGGGGAUGUGCAUUACGGGGAGCUGAGCUUUUACUCUCUACUUGCCACCUCCGUGCCGGCAAGGAUUUUUAUUGUUUAUUGUUUUUGAUACUCUCGCUGGAAGGUGUUGCUUGUUCUUCGAAGGAUUGGCCGUGCAGUGAGGCUCCUUCGUGGGAGUUUUUAAUUUUUAGCAUCGUCGUGGUCGUGGUCGUCGUUGUCGUUGCUGUGCUGUUUGAACCAGCUGGCUAUGGAAGUUGACCUUGACGUAUUCGUAGCUGUGGGAUUGGUUGUUCUAGCGGCCUCAAAUAGCAUUUGUGCUUCGCAAACCCUUUGGAGUUCGUGAGUGUGGCGCAGUCCAGUGCUGGGUCAAUUGCUUCAGUUUCUCUCGGUGAGGGUUAGUAGUAGUUUUUGGAAAGUGCCGAAUACGUUUAUGCUGAUUAGGUGGUACUGUUCUUUGAUGACUCUAGCUUGCGCAAUUGGGUCAAAGGGUUCACCUCCAGGCUGAAGCGCUUGCCAACUACGGCACUGGAGUUGGUUUUGUUGCUGGAGAGGAAAUAUCCGCCAGUGGGGCUUCGAAAAUUGAAGAGAUGGGGAAUAUCAGCGGACGCCCAAGAAAGAAUCGUGGACAUGGGACGAAGGGAAUGAAUCUGGGCAGGCCUACAGAUCCUCGGCAGAAGAAUGAGAGCGAAAGACCAAUGUACGAAGGCAGCACUCAGCGCUCAAGCGCGGUUGCCAGCAGUUAUGGCGGAGGUACCCAGCACAAACAGGAUGGCAGCACUCGUCCAGCGACCACGGGGAGCACACACGCGGAGGGUGGCCAUGCAGCAAGACCUAGCUCUGGUGCCACACCCUCCGAGCGUCCUCCUGGUCCGAUGUCGGCCCCUAUGCCUAGGCCCCGGCCGACGUCCUAUUCGGCGAACGGCGUUUUGGGGAAGCCGCUGGUGGACAUUCGCCAGACGUAUUCGCUUGGUCGGGAGCUCGGCCGAGGCCAGUUUGGAGUGACCUACUUGUGCACUCACAAAACAACGGGUGAAAUUCUCGCCUGCAAGAGUAUAGCCAAGCGGAAGCUGACUACCAAAGAAGAUGUCGAGGAUGUUAAGCGGGAAGUCCAGAUAAUGCACCAUUUGUCGGGAACUCCCAACAUCGUGGAUUUGAAGGGAGUGUAUGAGGACAGGCAUUCCGUGCAUCUUGUCAUGGAGCUCUGUGCGGGUGGAGAGCUUUUCGAUCGCAUUAUAGCCAAGGGGCAUUACAGCGAGCGAGCCGCCGCUGAUUUGUGCAGGGUCAUUGUGAAUGUGGUACACAGAUGCCACACUCUAGGCGUGUUUCACAGGGAUCUGAAGCCUGAGAAUUUUCUGUUGUCCAGCGAAGCUGAGGAUGCGCAGCUGAAAGCAACGGACUUUGGUCUUUCGACUUUCUUCAAGCCCGGUGAGGUCUUCCAUGAUAUUGUCGGAAGUGCGUACUAUGUCGCUCCAGAGGUCUUGAGGCGGAAUUACGGGCCUGAAGCUGAUGUGUGGAGCGCCGGCGUGAUUGUGUACAUUCUUUUGUGCGGAGUUCCACCAUUCUGGGCUGAAACAGAGCAAGGAAUUUUUGACGCUGUGCUAAGAGGCCACAUUGAUUUUGUAAGCGAUCCGUGGCCGAAAAUCUCUAGCGGGGCCAAGGACCUUGUGAGGAAGAUGUUGAAUAUGAAUGUGAAGGAGCGGCUGACAGCAUACCAGGUGUUGAACCAUCCAUGGAUGGAGGAAGGAGGUGACGCCUCUGACACGCCACUUGACAAUGCGGUGCUGACCAGACUGAAGAACUUCUCCACCGCCAACAAGAUGAAGAAGCUUGCGCUGAAGGUUAUUGCAAAGAAUCUGUCAGAAGAAGAGAUCGUAGGGUUGCGGGAGCUCUUCAAGUCAAUGGAUACCGACAACAGCGGUAUGGUGACAUUUGAGGAACUCAAAGACGGUUUACUCAGACAAGGCUCGAAACUCAGAGAGUCCGACAUACGCGAGCUGAUGGAAGCAGCCGACGUAGAUGGGAAUGGGAAGAUAGACUUCAACGAGUUCAUAUCUGCCACAAUGCACAUGAACAAGUUGGAAAUGGAGGAUCAUCUCUUUGCAGCAUUCAGUCAUUUUGAUACGGACGGCAGCGGAUAUAUUACCAUUGACGAGCUGCAGGAAGCAAUGGAGAAGAAUGGAAUGGGAGAUCCGCAAACAAUUCAAGAGAUUAUCAAUGAGGUGGACACAGACCGCGACGGGAGAAUAGACUACGACGAGUUUGUUGCUAUGAUGCGGAAAGGCAAUCCUAUUACAGAAGACGGCGGUAAGCACAGACACAGGUAGUUGAGCUCCACGUUCAUCUGACCCUUAGCCCAGCGGCAGAUUGAGUUUUUGUGCAUAGGUACUCUUCUUUCAAUUGCAGGUAAUGGGCGAUUGGGCUCCUGACCAGAGCUUCUUUUGAAUCCUUGCAUUAGGCUGUUUCACUCUGCUGCGGUUCUCAGGCAGAUAAGUUCACAUAUACACAUGCUCGCACAUUAGUAGACUCUUGGUGCUUUUAGGCUGCCGCUUCAUGGGGAGAAGGUCGUGUCUGCAGCAAAUUAUUACAGUAUUCACAAGUCUUGUGCAUUAAAUGGUCUUAGGAGAACUGAAUGGUCUUCUCGGUAGAGUUUGGUUGGCGUAUAUAUGUAGAUGGCUGGGGUGGGAAUGGCCGUAAAGGGAGAGAGUCUGCCUGACUGUGAGUAGGUUGUGAAGGUUUUCUUUCACGGCUCUUUAUGAAUCAACUUUAGAUUAUCCAUGUUCAAAGAGAGGAGCAAUGACAUUGAUGUAAUUUUGUAGUCAAGAACAUAAAAUGCGAUCAUUACUAUAGGACUAUCAACUCAUGAUGAGUCUCUUAAUUGUUAGAGCUUGCAAUGCAGUCGAGAGCCAUUAUGCUUUGUUAGACCUCUAAGCCGGCCACAGUUUCUCCCCCCCUGUCCAUGUAAUCUAUGGGUGCUAGUUAUUAUCAGUUUAUUCUCUUCGUGUAAGCUACUUCAAAAAGUGAAGAUGAUCAUGAUAUAGUCUUUUUGCUCUAUCUAAUAGUGGCAAUGUAAGCUACUUCAAAACGUAAAGAUGAUGAUAUAGUCUUUUUGUUCUA